CACAUAUCUAUAUACCCUCCCUCACCCCAUUCUACCCAAGCUUCGCUCCGCAUCUGUGUCUCUGGUCAAUUCAAACAUCGCUGCAGAAGUGACGAUGUUGUCUUGUUCACUUCACCUUGUCCUUCCUCGAAAACCCGCGCAAACCGAUGUGGUGGCUUCGUAGAUGGCCAAUUUGAUCGAGUCCGUGUCGCGAACAAUAUCUUGCAUUGUUAAUUUUGCUUUCCUAAGCUGUGGAUUGUGCAGUGACCAUCAUAUUUCCCUUGAUAAACCGAAGAUUUGAGGGAAAAUUGACCAGGGAUAUGGGAUAUGGGCGCCAACUGCGCGUCAGACAACACAUACGAGCAUAUCGCAUGCAGCAUCAUUACAGGACAAAUUAAGUCUAUCAUGUGAUCAUCGACUAUUCUAUGCGCCGCAAACACUUUGCGUUGAAAAACCACACGAUCAAUCUGCCUUUGAGAUUUUAAGCAGAACACGACACUGAUGAGUCAUGAUUUUGAAUAGCUGAAUGCGGAUUGGGUCCGAUGACCUCAACACCACAACCCAACAAUCCCAAUCGACUCCGUUGAAUGAUGAGGAGCAAAACUCUUACGGGACAAAGAAACACCACAAGCGUUCAGAUAAACAUAAAUAGAACCUAACUGUCAACAUCGGUACGACACUCAAACCCACAACCUCAACUAAAUCUUACAAUCGACGAAGAAAAAAAAAAACCUACGAUGUGUUACAUGCAAGACUUUCGAAAUUGGAUCGCCUAUUACCUGGGCUUUGGCCAUAGGGUAAGAGGGGAGUCGUGGAUGGAGGAAUCCUGGACGGAGGAGUGUGUCGAGAAGAACAAGCCUGGCCACCUCGCGCCUAUUUCGCUCGAAGAAGGAUUCUCGGACAAAGGAGGGCAUUAUUCGACCUGCACAUAAGAUGUCAUCGUAUCGGAAUAAUCGUCAACCUCGGUCUAGGCGCGGCAAGGGGAUGAAUGCGUAUGGAAAGCGGUCUGGCGUGUUGCGUAACGGUCAGGUGUUUGUAUCGGCAAUUGUA